CGCUAAAUCAGCUGGUUGAUCAGUGCCCGCCACCAAGCUCGAGAACUGUCGAUUGGCGUUAUAGCCAACAUUGAUAGAGUUGUAGACGUUCUUUUAUUCCAAUACUCUCGGUAUUUGUUUGAUAUUGAAUUUACAAUUCUUAUUCAUUUGAUAUUUUGUUUUUUUUUCAAUUCCUCAAAAAUUUUCAAAAUUUUUUUUAGUUCAGUAAUGAAAUGAAUCGACGCCAUUUUGAGUGAUGGUAUUGAAGCACAUCAUACACACCAGUGCUCGUCAAGUCAAAAUUUGUGGCAUUGAAUUGAUUUUAUAAAUGUGAUAGUUGGUGAUUCGUUAGUUGAAACAACAAAGAUGGCUCAACAGAGUGGAUUAGUUAAUUUCUGGAUACAUGAUUCCAAUGGAAACCCACAAGUGAUAAAAGUGCAAACGCAGGGGAAACCUGUGGCAGUGGCCAACGCCAAGACUCCUGCCAACAACCAAGUGAUGCGAGCUAUCAUCAAGACCACCAAUAAUGAUUCUAAUCAACAGGUGCUCAGUGGUAACACUUUACAGUGCCUUAGAACCGUCAGUAUUCAGCCUUCAAAGCCUGCUUCAAAGACCCAACUUGUUACGAUUCCAAUACAAACGCCCAGCGGAAUAAAGGUCAUACAGAAUGCAAGUCAACAGAAAGGAAAUUAUAUUUCUCCGAUUUUGGACCAUACUGGCGCUCGUAAACGUCAAGAAUUAGAAAAUUUGCUCACACCAGAAUUUAAAAGACGUAGAACAGAAAAAGGCGGGAAAGGACUCAGACACUUCUCAAUGAAAGUUUGUGAAAAAGUGAGGAAAAAGGGGACCACUUCUUACAAUGAAGUUGCUGAUGAGUUGGUCGAAGAAUUCACAAAUCCGCAUAUCAUGACCUCUCAUGAACAGUAUGACCAAAAAAAUAUCAGAAGAAGGGUGUACGAUGCACUCAACGUUCUGAUGGCCAUGAAUAUUAUUUCAAAGGAGAAGAAAGAGAUCAAAUGGUUAGGUUUGCCAACAAACUCGGUGCAGGAAUGCCGUAACCUUCUCAGGGAAAAGAAACAGAUCUCAGAAAGAAUCAAAAGCAAAACACAGCGCCUUCAUGAUCUCUUAUUACAACAAAUUUCUUUCAAAAAACUCGUGGAACGUAACACAGAGUACGAGAAGCUUCAUGGCAUGCCAAGUCACAACUCAGCCAUCCAACUGCCCUUCAUAAUAGUCAACACUAGCAGAAAAACCAUUAUAGAUUGUAGUAUUUCAGAUGACAAAACCGAGUAUCAAUUUGUCUUCACUGAUCAUUUUCAAAUUCAUGAUGACAUGGAGGUUCUAAAACGAAUGGGACUUGUGAUGGGUUUGGACAAGGGAAAAUGCUCAGAUGAAGAUUUAGAGAAAGCUAAAUCCAUGGUUCCAAAAGCUCUGGAGAAAUACAUCAUACAGUUGGCUAAAAGAGAAGAGUCUGUUGAUGGUGACGUGGACGAAGACGAGGCGAACUGUCUGAUUGGUCUGUCGGCGGGCGGAGCGGGUCUGAUUGCCGAGGAAGUGAGCCUGCAGCCAUCAGACGUGUCCGGUCAGGUGUCGCCGUCCGACGUGUUCUCGCCGUCUGCUCACGACUACUCCGACGAUGAGUCCGACCUGUCCAGUGACGUCGACGUCAAUUAGCCCCAACCCACAACAAUCUCAUUUCUCUUAGCUGAACAGUUUAGUUAUUUUACACGUUCUUCGGACUAAAUCAAGUGAAUUUAUAAUUACUUAUUGUUUACUGCAAAUAUAAUAUGAUAUGGUAUUUUGAAAAAUAAAUAUUCGGUUUAAGUUUCCAAACUUGGAAAACAUGCACGAGUAGAAAACUCGUUAGAAACAAGUUUUUAUUGGAAGCUAAUGAGAGACUUUUAUCAUGUAUUUGAUGUAGAUUCAUCUUUUUCUAUUGUAUACAUUGACAAUAUUGUGAAAAUAUUCCUUUGACAUGGAAAACUAUUGAUAACAGCUGUUGACUAUGCAACUGUCUCAUUACCAUCGUAACUUCGGUUCCCAACAUAGCAGACUUGAAAUGCCCAGUUAAUAGGGUAUUGGCCUAUUGGUCAAUAUCAUCCAUUCAACCACCAAAAUAUAUUGAAAAUUAGAAAUAAUAUCCAACUGUUCCCUAACAGCUCUUUUAUUCAGGGUCAUCUCUCCUGGAAAAGUUGAAAACUUUAUUCUGAUUUUUCCAAUAAUCAAUUCAGAAGAGUUUAUAUGGAAAUAGUUCCAUCCACUAGAUAUAGUAGAUCUAGCAAAUCAAUCAAACCUAUAAGGCCCACUUUGACAUUUCAAAGUGUUAUUUCAUAAAAGCUUUAGGGUUGAAAUAAGCCCAAGCACCUUUAAUUUUUCCACCUCUUUCAUUUAAAAAUGUUUGAGUCGUUAUAUUCAAUGAUAGUAUUGAGAUACAUUGUGUGAAAAUACUACGAUUUUGCCCUAGUAACACAAGCAUAACUUGGUAUGGAGCAUGCAUUUGCUGCUUACAUUGGUCGAACAAAGAGAGUGACUAUUGCCUGUAUUGAUAAUAGUCUGUAGUCAUAAAGCUAAUAACUACUAUUCACCUGUUUCAAGUUAUCUUUAAACUUUAUUCAAAGAUGGCCAUAAGUAGUUUUUCACAUCAAAGGAGUGAUAUUGCUAUGUCGAUAUUGAUUUAGAAUUUGUUUUAUUAUCUUACAUAAAUGAUCUGUAUCAUUUUACAUUUGAAUGUAUUUUCUCCAUUAUUAAGAGCACGUUUGGUUUUUCUGAAAUCUGCUUAGAAUAAAUAGCUGAUUUAUUGUUAGCUGCUUGUAUUUUUCGACAUCUAAAUACACGUAUAGACUACUCUUCAAAGUAAAUCAUAUAUAUGUUUAAUUAUAUAUUUUUUUCACAUACUGGAGAGUGUAAUAUUUUAUAGAUUUUUUGUGAAAAUGAAAAUCAGUGAACGGUAAUUCAGUUCAGUCGUGAACAAUAUGUUACACUAUUAACAUUUUCAUUUAAAGGAUUAUUACAGUAUACUACAAUAUUGCAUUAUUAUAUUAUUGCAAAGGAAUUGAAUGCGAAAAUCCUUUUUUUAUUAAUUGUAAUCAUUAUUCUCAAUAAAAAUUUCUCUUUGGUGAUA